AUGCAGUUAACAGGGUUCUUAAAGAAACUAAAGAAUGAAAGGGUGUCUAUAGAGUUGAAGAAUGGUACCACUGUUUGGGGAAUAGUGAGGAGUGUGUCACCGCAGAUGAACGUCUCUCUUACUGACGUCAGGCUGACACUCCCUACUAAGACCUCAGAAGCUACCUUGGCUGCCGUCUUAUUGUCAGGUGGAUCGACACAAGGACAAGAAUCUAAGAGAACAACUAGCCUCGAGUUCAUCAACAUUAGGGGUAAUACGAUAAGGCAGAUUAUUUUACCAGAUAGUAUCAAUUUGGAUGCGUUGCUUGUAGACCAACAGGAAGUCAACAGGUUGAGGAAACAAGGUAAAGUGGGAAGUGAUCCGAAUAAGAAGAGAUCACUUGAGAGUAACGGGAAUGCUCCUAAACGUCCAAAGAGGGCAUUUUAA